GUUAUUCUAAUUUUUUAAGAUCUCGCGUUGCAGAAAUCAGAGCCGGAGCCGGAGCCAGUGUAGCUUCCCUUUUAAUAAUGUGCUAAUUGAAUUAAAAAAGCCACGCUCGUUCUCUCUCUCGUCCGAGUUUCCCUUCUCUCUCUAGCCCCUGACCUCGGCCAGUUCACGAUCUCUGUCCCUCCCCGAUUUCGAUUUCCGAGUGAUCAAUUGGAAGCAAAGGAGAAGAGAGAGAAUCAGAGGCUUCUAGGACUAUGUCGAUGUCCGAUUCUGACUCAUCUUCGCAUGGCGGCGAGUACAAGAAUUUCAGACAAAUCAGCCGUGACCGAUUAUUGCAUGAAAUGCUUCAGUCGGCCAAAACAGGGGAUUCAAAAUCAACUUGGAAGGUACUUAUCAUGGACAAACUAACUGUCAAGGUAAUGUCUUACUCGUGCAAGAUGGCUGAUAUCACAGACGAAGGUGUUUCAUUGGUUGAAGACAUAUACAGGCGAAGGCAGCCAUUACCCUCCAUGGAUGCUAUAUACUUCAUCCAACCAUCCAAAGAGAACGUUAUAAUGUUCUUGUCGGAUAUGUCUGGAAGGAAGCCUUUGUACAGGAAGGUAUUUGUUUUCUUCAGUUCACCUAUUUCAAGAGAACUGGUUAAUCACAUUAAGAAGGAUACAACUGUUUUACCUCGUAUAGUUGCAUUGAAAGAGAUGAAUUUGGAGUACUUUGCUAUUGAUAGUCAGGGUUUUAUCACCAAUAAUGAAAGGGCUUUAGAGGAACUUUUUGGAGAUGAUGAGGAUUGUCGCAAAGGUGUAGCCUGCUUGAAUGUGAUGGCUAACCGCAUUGCUACAGUUUUUGCUUCGUUAAGGGAAUUUCCUUACGUGCGUUAUCGUGCUGCCAAGUCCCUUGAUGCAACUACAAUGACAACUUUCCGUGAUCUAAUUCCGACAAAGCUUGCUGCUGGUGUUUGGGACGGUAUUAUGAAAUAUAAAUCACUUCCUAACUUCCCUAAGUCAGAAACAUGCGAGUUGCUCAUCCUCGACAGAUCUGUAGAUCAGAUUGCUCCUAUCAUACAUGAAUGGACAUAUGAUGCCAUGUGUCACGAUUUACUGAAUUUGGAGGGAAAUAAAUAUGUGCACGAGGUUCCUAGCAAAACCAGUGGUCCACCUGAGAAAAAAGAGGUUCUUUUGGAGGAUCAUGAUCCCGUCUGGCUUGAGCUUCGGCACACACAUAUAGCAGAUGCCAGUGAACGGUUGCAUGAGAAGAUGACCAACUUCAUUUCAAAGAAUAAAGCUGCACAAAUCCAACAUGGUUCAAGGGAUGGAGGUGAACUGUCUACACGGGAAUUGCAGAAGAUGGUUCAAGCAUUACCACAGUAUAGUGAACAAAUUGACAAGCUCUCGCUCCAUGUAGAGAUUGCAGGAAAAAUUAACAGGACUAUCAGGGAAUCUGGGCUUCGGGAGCUUGGGCAGCUGGAGCAGGAUCUGGUUUUUGGAGAUGCCGGAAUGAAGGAUGUUAUCAAAUUCUUGACCACAAAAGAGGAUACAACCCGUGAAAAUAAGUUGCGGUUGUUAAUGAUUCUUGUAGCCAUUUAUCCUGAGAAGUUUGAGGGUGAAAAGGGUCUAAACAUAAUGAAGUUAGCAAAGUUACCACCUGAGGAUAUGAAUGCUGUUUAUAACUUGAGGUUACUGGGGGGGUUAUCAGAUACCAAAAAGAGCUCAACUGGAGCUUUCUCUUUGAAGUUUGAUAUUCACAAGAAGAAGCGUGCAGCUAGGAAAGAGCGUACUGGCGAAGAAGAAACGUGGCAGCUAUCACGAUUUUAUCCAAUGAUUGAGGAACUUAUUGAAAAACUUAGCAAAGGUGAACUCCCAAAAGAUGAUUAUCCAUGUUUGAAUGACCCAAGUCAAACUUUUCACGGGAUGUCUCACACUGCAGCAGUAAAUCAAGCUCCAGCUGCUCAUUCACUUAGAUCAAGGCGGACACCUACGUGGGCUCGGCCUCGGAACUCUGAUGAUGGGUAUUCAAGUGAUUCGAUGCUAAGACACACAUCUAGUGAUUUUAAGAAGAUGGGCCAGCGGAUAUUUGUAUUUAUUGUUGGUGGAGCUACUAGAUCUGAGCUUAGGGUUUGCCACAAGCUUACAACUAAAUUGAAGAGGGAAGUUGUUCUAGGCUCAUCAAGUCUUGAUGAUCCUCCACAAUUUAUUACGAAAUUGAAGAUGUUGACAGCACAUGAACUCUCCAUCGAUGAUCUCCAGAUAUAAUGCAGUGGCUUGGGAGGAAUGGAACGUGCUUCGCUUCAGUCUCAAAUCCAAUUUGUGUCAGUGACAAUGCCGUCAUUGAUAUCCAUUUUUUAACAUUCAAUAUAAAACUUUUGCCUUUCUCGUUGUUGCAGUGGUGCUGUAUCUAGGAUUUUAUUCAGAUGAGAGCAUUCUGCCUAGACUAGGUUCUUGCCUUCCGGCUUUGUAUUGUGAUAGACGUGUUGGAGCCUUCCCACGUGUGUAUAAUGUUAGUUUUAAAUCACGGUAAGAAUUAAUUGAGUUUUGUAAAUGGAAUUGAUAAAGCCUGACAACAUAAAUCUAUAAUCCUGUAUAAAUUUAGAACU